CAAAAGUGUCUAUUCCUACAUUUACUACUUUGGUAGUAAACGUCUCGACCAAUCAAAGAGCUUCCCGUGCGCAGACGGUAAUUUAGAAUCGCCGCCAUUUUUUCCCGCUUCGAUUUUUUCCAAGACGCGCAACAGCAUUUAGAUGGAAAAUCAUUUAAGAGCAUGGGGGAUGGAGGAGCUCAUUCCAAUAUUUGAAGGUAAGAAUAUCUGUAGCACCUGAAGAAAGAAAUAUAAAUAUAUAUUUAUCGAUCAAUACUGAAAAAAAUCAUGAUUUCUGUCAGCCGUGUUCAAGUUGCGCACCCGCCGCCGCCAUUGCGACGGACGCGCUAUAGGAAAUUUUUUCGGCCUUCAAUAAUCCGAAAUCAUCUGGUCUGGUUAUGGAAUUAUAGCGGCAAAACAUAUCGGAAAAUGUUUUAGAUGAUAUUUGGGAUUAUUUUUCGCCACUAACAAGGCAAAUCGGAGAGACAAAGUUAGGAAUGGGGACUUAGAAAAAUAGUAUACAAAUUCAAAUAUCCCGCCAAAGAAUGUCGUCAUCAAGAACAAUUCAGUUCAAUUUUUCAAGUCAUGGUGGCGCAGCAUCCACUCAGAACUGACAACAUCCGGCAUUUCCGGCGUAGAUUUUACAUUUUGUGCAAUUGUUUUGUGGCGUAGCUAAUCAGUGGCUAAUAACUGCAUGAUUUGAUAGACAUACAACCGAAUAAGGGCGAUAUAUAUUCGUCAAAUACUUGGCGUAUUCUGACACUACCGUAUUGUCGCCCUGUCAGCACUGACACUGUGGCUGUGGUGGUGUUUUGACUUCGAGACUUGACGAGAGUGUUUCGCUUCGGCCUUUUUUAGGCCUCGUAGUAGCUCAGCCUAUCAUCAUCAUUGACAUUCAUGACAUUGGGAACCGACAAAGAUAGAUUGACAAGUUUUCCAGGAGUUAACAAUCUCAAGCUGGCUACAUUGCUGUACGUGUCAUGACCAGUCAUCAUGGUCAUGCCAGUGACACCCUGACAUGUUAUUGACAGAGAUACAACAGCCACUGGGCUUAGUCAACAACCAGAGAUAGAGACGAAAAAUCGUGGAACAACGUCUAGGAAAUCCAAUCAUACCGGCAGCCGCAAGGGAUGAACCGCCCUGACGCUCAAAUUGAGACAGGAAAACGCCGGCGUAUCUCAACGAUUUUGUGUAAUCAACUGACACUCGUUCAAACGAAACGUAUCGAUACUCAAUGCUAGAUAAACGUUUAUUUUAAUACUUGCGAUAUAUAUACACGUGUAAGCCAGUACUAUAGAUCUAGGGUCAGAAUAAUACCCUGUACUGAGCUCAGAGUUCAGGUUGUCUACCCUGACUCUGUUAUAGUUUGUGUGUUCUCAUGGUUCAGAUGGUCUACAUGUAGCUGUGUUUUGAGACUCGUUUAUGGUUAAUUGCGUUUUAAAAGCAACCUCCAGGUUUUGAGGUCUGUAUUUGAGGACAAUUGUUGCCUGUUCUUUAUUCCUGGUUAUAUUCUGGACAAUUGUAAUUUCAUUCAAGUUAUUUUGUGAAUUCUCAAUAGUAAUUUGCAUACUGAGUGAUAUUUUGAUUCUAAAAGACUGGUGUUGCAUAGGACUGAACAUUAUACUUGAGGACUUUCAUUUCAAACAUAAGGAGGGAUAUACAUCAUGACCUCACACGCUGUAUCUUGGUCGAGAGAACAUGGCGAGAGAAGUGUCAAGUGCAUUCCCAUAUCAAUCGGUCAAAUAAAUCCAUAAUUAUACAUUGAACAUACGUCCUUCAAUGUCAAUGAUAUUCUAGUUCUACAAUCUCACAUUACUGAAAAGUUGCGGUCUAUCUAUAGUCUAUUGAGUGGAAACACUGAAAUCUGGUGAACAUAAUAAGGCCUUUCUCACCCCACAGUCCGAGACUAGAUUUGCUUUGUUGGCCAUUUUCUCGGUGAGGCAGGAGGUGCUCGGAGAGGUUGCAGUUGAUUCCACAGGGUGUUUUUGAUAACCAAAUUCUUGUCGUCAUGUUGGGCCCAAGACCUAAAAAAACAUUCAGUCUAAAGUCAAGACAAUGCAGUCCUGAUCUUGUCCUUAAUAUCAAUUCAAUGGACUCUACAUGUAGUAAUGUACAUGUAUAAUAUCCCACCAUUUCCUAGAUCAUCCUGAAUACUAUUUACUACUAGGACCUUUCAUGCCUCUUGGCUUGGUCAUCAUGCGUGCAUGGUCAUGCAUGUGACCAUAAUAUGUAUCGGUACAGGUAACAUGAUCGACCGGUGGCGGUCGACAAUUUCAAACAGGGCUUUGUCCUUGUGUCUAAUUUACAUUGUAGAUAGGAAGUGGUGUUCCACCAACCAUUGACCAUACCACACACUGUACACGUUGUAAAAUUGAGAGUAGACAUCUCAAUUGCAAACUUCAUUGCAUCUCAUGAUCUCGGAUGUUAUGUUUAUUAACUGUAAAUUAUCAAGUUUUAAAGUAUGCUUAAAAUAUCUCUCAUUUCAUGCAUUUCAGAACAAGGUAUUGAUGAAGAAGUUGCAAUUUUGUUAGACGACGUCACCCUAAGGGAGCUAGUGCCAAGGAUAGGAAUUCGGCUGAAACUCAAACAACUAAUCUCAUUACAUUUACAGGUAAGCCUGUAGACUGUUUAUACUAUGGAAACCAGUAGUCAUCAUUUUACCUGUUUUGUUUGUUCCAAUACUUUUCAAGGACUUCAACCCCUUUUUUAUCAUUUGCGGACAGACCAUGCGAUAGUAUAUUCGAGUGAUUAUUUUGCCUGUGCUGAAGAUGGAUGUCAGCGGACAUUUAGUACCCAUUGGCCGUAUAAAAGACAUCUACUUAAGCAUGUUCUUUCACUUGACACUGCAAGCCAUGAUGUUGGUGAAUGCCCAAUGGAGGUUUCCCCCUUAGACAAUACCGUUGAUGAUGAAGUGUCAGAUGGAGAUGAUCCAGGAGAAAGCAUCCAAUCCAAGGUUGUUAGAUCCUGGUAUGAUUGAACAGGAUUAUGAUUGUUUAUUCGAAAAUGGUAGCCAACUCACCAAACUCUGGGAUGGCUUUUUUGGCAAACGGAUCAUUACAUAUGCCUCAGCUGGUAAGCGUGGCAAUUGGCGUGAGAAGUUAGGUGUCAAAGACGUCCUGAAUGAAGAUGAAGAAAGUGUGGUGGCCCUCCAACUGUUGCCACACAUACUACCACCAAAGCCAAUAAAGUCAUCAAAUGUGGUACAUAGACCAUCAAACUUGGAAGCAGCCAAUGCUUUCAUCAGGUUCAAACAGGCAACAACAAACAUAGCAGCCUUCCUCGACACUGUAGAGGGAGAGGUCCAACCAUUCAUUCUAGCUCUUGGGGAUCGCCAUAAACCAACUCAAUCAUUUGUUAUUGUUGAGCGCAAUGCAGUGGAGCAGACAUCUCUGUUGAAAGCAGUUGACUGCUGCUUCAAGCUUUUCUUUGUUCUGGACAUCGCUUAUCCAGCAAGCUGUCACAUUGUUUGGGAGUUUCUGCAGGAUUUGGUUUACCAAGUGCCUGUCAGAAAGGGGCAAACAGCCAUCAGUAAGAAUGUGACGAGUUUAAGGAAUUAUUUCAAUGUUGCCAAGUAAAUAUGAUGUUGCAUCAAAUAAGCAACUGGUUUUUGAUCUGACCUACUUUUCAAGGUCACAGAGGUAAAUACACAAAACCACUCGAGUGGGAUUUCCGAGGUAUCGGACUACACCCCGAGUGAUGGUCUUUGGCUGGAAACCCCCGAGACUGCAGGAUGUGACGAGUUUAAGGAAUUAUUUCAAUGUUGACAAGUAAAUGUGAUGUUGCAUCAAAUAAGCAACUGGUUUUUGAUUUGACCUACUUUUCAAGGUCACAGAGGUCAAUAUGCGUUCUCGGGGGUUUCCAGCCAAAGACCAUCACUCGGGGUGUAGUCUGAUACCUCAGAAAUCCCACUCGAGUGGUUUUGUGUAUGUAAAUUUCUUUCGAUCAUUUUUAGUGAAAAUUUGGGCAAGAAGUUUGAUUUCGGCUGCAACACUGUUUCAACAAUGCAAGUCUGGAUUCGCACGUGUGGUAUCUGGUAUUUUUAUCUCAUGGCCGGACUGACCGCUGUUUCAGUCGGAUUUCCCCGGUCGUUUAUUGUCUUUGAAUAUGCAAUCACUGGCGUUGGGGCUAUCAUAAACCAUCAGUCGUGCUUCGAAAACAGUUGUGGGCUACAUUUGCGCCAAUUUCGGCUGGUUUUGUGGAAUAAUUAUGUUUUGAUACGACAAAACGUGACUUUGUGCACUGGAUUUCACUGACAUCGGGCAUGGGAUAAACGUUUUUCUAUGGCACUGCCAUUUUGCAAGACAGCAUGUUUUGUAACUGCUUUAGCUACAGAUUCCUAACUUGGUACAAAUGUACCCCUUGGUGACCCCUACUCAUGGACCAAACUGGGGUCUUUUAUAGUUCACUGUUUUGCCACCAGGGGGGGGGCAAAGGUCCAAAGUUAAAAUGUUUAAUUGGUCAGAUUUUCACGAAAUUUUGAUGGUAGGUACAUUAGCAAGGGUGCAUCUCAGAACUAAUGGGUUUCUUAUUUGACCUUAUUUUCAAGGUCACAGAGGUCAAAGUCAGCUGAAUCUAUUUGAACACACACGUGAGCACAUGAUUCAUGGACCAUUUCAUCCUGCCAGUGGCAGUUUUGCUAGAUAAAGAACUGUGAGAAAAAAUCUUAGAUUUACAACAACCCUAUCACAGGUGAUCAUUGGAAUCUCAUUAUUUAAGCACAUUUGGAAUUUUGCAAGGUCCUAUUACUGGUAAGAAACAUGCUAUAAAAAUUUGUUGGCUUUGGGCCCAGGAUGCUACUUUUUGGUACUUUGGCAGUUUUCUAACACAACAAGUAAGUUCUUUGAGAAAAUGUUAGUGGUUCCUUAAGAUAUGCAGUAUCUCAAAUCAGAUGUUUCUUAUGUGCAAUGUGCACUGCCUUGGAGUGUAUACCAGUAAAUAUAGAUCCAUACUUUUAAUUGGGAACAAGAUUUACAUAAAUUUUGCCACUCUAUUUUAUUGCUUUUCUCAUGGUCUCAUCGAAAAGUAAAGCAUACCAUUGGAAAGAAAAAGUCUUCCAAAAGUUAGCAGAAGAAUCUUCCGAAAAUGUAUUUUCCAAUGAGAUGAAUUGGCAUGUUAACUUUUUUGUAAAUGAUCGAUGUUCCCAAUCAAGUGUAUAGAUCUAUAGUAUGGCUCUGACUUUGGCUCUACGGAAAGAACAGUUAACUCCCUUUGACUGUGAGAUUUCAUGCAGAUUGAGUUGAUUUCAAAAAGGUAGAGGACCUGUAAAAACAUGUAAAAUGUUCAUUGUUUGAUUUAUGGCAGUGAUGUCUUAAUGUUGGUACAAUCGGGUAGUACUUUAUUCCCAUUGUCAAUGAUGUUGUUUUUUGGCUCAUAAUAUUGUCUAUCGGUCUGUCAACAAUGGUGGCUAUUUACUUACUCUUGAAUCUAGAAAGUUGAAACUUUGUGUGUGGAUGUCUUAUGACCACUUAAUUUGACAUACCAAAAAUUAUCGCACUUUGACUUACCUUCUGGGAUACGGGCAACCAUCUUUAAUAACCGUAUUUUGUCAAUAUCAUAUGAAAACUGAUGGCAGUGUAUUCCUAAUACUAGUAUCUAAUUUGUGCCAAAAUCUGUCAAAAUAAUCUUAAUCACCAUGAAAAUUUGAAAUGCCAAUCUCGAUCUCCACUGUGUUCAUAUCCACUUUUAAUAUUUGUUGCCAAAUCACAGGGGGGCUAAAAUUGUGAAGUUUUAUUCGACUCUAGUCAUAUUGUGUUUGGAGAGAAUGUUAGUACUGGUUUCAGUGUAAUAUCUUUAAUCAAGUGAUAUUGCCCAACUUUGUGAUCAUAUUGCAAUGGUACUUUUCAUCCAUUUUGUCCAAUAUAGAAAAAAUAAUAUCUCUUGUGGGUGUAUACAUAAAUUCAAAAUGUACAUGUAUAAAAAAUGGUAAGCAUGUAUUUUAUCAAGAAGUCUUGAUACACUGAUUUAUAUGAUAUAGGACACAUUCUUUUUUUAAGAUAUAUGGAGAAAAAAAAACUAUAUUCUGGGGGGGGGGGGGUCUAGGCGAGGAAAGGACAAAAUUACCCGUGUAAUGAAGAGAUUGAUAUUGCACAUAUUAUCACUGUUAUUGAUAUUCAUUCAUAUACAUGUACAUUACCUUGUUAUAAUUUAUAUCCAUAGGUGGACAUUAAAUUGUAUGUUGUUUAGUACAAGGUGUUUUGUGAUAUAAAUCUUUUUUUGUUAUUUGAAUUGUUAUGCUGUCAAGCAAAUACUUGAAACUGACAUGGGCCAAUGAAUUUCUAUUCAGAGAGGGAGCGCAAUUUGUGUAUUUAUACUUAUGUAUACAUUCCAUUGCUUUUAUUACAGUGAUAUGGGGGGGGGGGGGGGGGGGGUGGAAGCAUUGGUACUUACUGUUGUAAUACACUAUGAUUCAAACUAUGUGAUAUGUGGUAGUACACUGCAGUUGAUGUUUCUUAUUGAAUAAAUUUUAAAUUGUUGUUAAAAUUAAAA